AUGACAUACCUUGGCAAACUUCACCACUUCCUAGGCAUUAAAGUUCAACAUCAAAAUAGUGGUAUAUUCCUUUCUCAAGCUCAAUACGUCAACGAAAUCUUAACCCAUGCCAACAUCAACAACUGCAAGCCAAGUGCAACCCCUGUCGACACAGGUUCAAAGCUUAGUGCCACCACCGGACAACCAAUAUCAGACACCUUCCUCUACCGCAGCCUUGUCAGUGCUCUACAAUACCUCACACGACCGGAUUUAGCCUAUGCGGUACAACAAGUGUGCCUCUUCAGGCAUGAUCCUCAUGAACCACACUUCAAUUUUCUUAAGCGCAUUCUCAGAUAUCUCAAAGGAGCCACCAACCAUGGCCUUCACAUUACUCCCUCCAAGUCUACCAAGCUAACUGCAUAUUCAAAUGCCGAAUAG